ACAUUCACUAACAAAAAUGAUGCCGGGAGAACUGCCAGCCACCUUUGUCAAGGGCUUCCACAAUGAGGAGCUGGUGCGACGCAUGGAGUACCGGGAGCUGGGCAGCACUGGUCUACGAGUAUCAAAGAUUGCACUGGGAGGCGCCACCCUUUCCGGGCUCUUGUACAACGACUUCGAUCGAGAGGAGGGCAUACGGACGGUGCAGGAGGCCAUCAAGUCGGGCAUCAACUACAUCGACACGGGCGGGGGCGGCCGGCGGGCGGGGCUUCCCGGUGGCUAUGCGUCCGACAUCGUUCUCAACGAAACCAUCCCCGUCCUGGAGGGGUAUGUGAAGGCGGGCAAGGCUCGCUUUAUUGGCAUCACCGGCUACGACGUGGAUGUGCUGCAGGAGUGCGCCGAGCGGGGCAAGGGUCGCAUCCAGGUGAUCCUCAACUAUGCCCGCUAUACGCUGCUGGACAACACUCUGCAGCGCCACAUGAACACCUUCCGGGAGCUCCAUGUGGGCAUCGUCUGUGCCUCUGCCCAUGCCCUGGGACUGCUCUCCAAUUCGGGGCCCUAUGCCUGGCACCCGGCUAGUCCAGAGCUCCAGGCUGUGGCCCGACGGGCGGCCGACAUUUGCAAGGAGCGAAACGUUGAGCUGGGAAAGCUGGCCAUGUACCACACCAUGCAACUUGAGGGGGCGGCCACCUUCCUCACCGGCAUGCCCAAUCGCCAGCAGCUGCGGACGAAUCUGAAUGCCAUCUUCGAUGGCCUCACCCCGCACGAACAGAAGGUGUUGCAGUAUCUGCGUGAAAAUGUUUUCACCAAGUCCUAUAGCUGGGGUUCUACCCUGUCCACGGCCAAUAGGCUAGAACAACUUCAAUAAGAUCUGGGCGGAAUGGACAUGCCCUGAAGACUGCGAAAAGGAUGCUGGACAGGGUUUGGAAAAUGUAACACUUAAGGCAAUUCUGUAGCUCAAAGGAUAAACAUUUUGAGAAAUAUAACAUUCGAAGGCAAUUA